CUGUAGAAGAAGGUCGCAUCCAGCGUUAGCUAAACUGGAAACUGGCCGUUGAUGUGAUUUUAAACCGUAACUGUGAGCAAGUGACAGUAAUGGAACUAUUUUGGGAGGACCCUCCUGUCUCUGAAGCUCCAUUCUUUACCAGAGAGCUCUAUGAUCGCUUUUCCCUUGCACCUAGUAUUAGGGAUCUGUGGGCCUCUCUCCAAAGCCCUGCAGAAGAUGCCAACAUAAAACGAAAGUGUGAUGCUCUGACUGGACAAAACUCCACAACCAAAGAAGAUGCAGAGUUCAAAAAUAGCACCUGCAUUAGUAAAGAUGACUCGUGCUGGGACUCCAUGGAUAUUGACAGUUCCUUUACAGACUAUGCAGUGGAGGCUGCAGAGGGAUGUAAGGAAACCACAAAAGCAAACGUUCUGCCCAAACAAAAAAAGACCGAGGGAGAUGAUGCUUAUCCUCAACCCAGACUGCCCUUUCCGUGCAUGUCCAGUUUGUCCAGCAAAGAGCAAAGGAUAUAUCUUGGCUUUUUGAUGAAUAAGAAACGCAACGAUCCCCCCAUGUACCUCAAGGCCCGAAUGGAUCACGAAAUGAUGCAAUUCCAGAGGUAUUUGCAAGAUGUGUCCAAAGUAUGUGCUGAUGACUACAGCUUCAUCUCACAAGGAGCAUUGCAAUAUGCAGAGGAAUUUUUGAGGGCGAGUUUGGAGUGCAUCAAAAUGUUUCCUCAGCUUUAUCAGAUCUGUGAGAUGACCAGUUUGACCGGCGGAAGAUUCAACCCGGGGCUGUCUCUCACCUUUGAAAAACAGCUUGUUGUCAUGGGCAGUGUGGAUAUCACAGGCCCUAUGAUAGUGCCUGCUGAUGCGCAGCUUGCAACGGAUUAUCAGAGUGUUUCAUCAGAAAAUCCUCCAGCCAAAAAAGCUAAGGACAUGCACGCUGCAAUUAGCAGUGAUGAAAAUGCUGAGAAGCUGUGUGCACGGUACGAGCCGCAUGUGUGUAUCACCCGAGAUGCCCUGGUCACGCUGUUGGACAACCACGGCCCUGACUUUGCACAAGGAUGGGAACUUCCUGUUUGCAUUAAAGUGAACCAUGGGAAAGGUGCACACUGUGUUACUCAGAAGACUGUUUACUUAGAAUCACCUCUUAUUAAAAAUGAAAUAACAGUGAGAGAGAAGAGCCACGUUUUCCACGAAGAGAGUUUGAAGCGCUCCAUCCUAAAGAAUGGUAACAGAAACGUGUUUCAUUUAAUGAUGGAAAUUCCUGUGGAUGACCCGAAGCCCUCACAGGAGAGCUCCCAAAGAAAUAUGGUCUCCCACAACAGCAAUGAGCUAAACUUUGACGUGGACAUGACCGACCUAGAGACUUUCGGGUGUGAGCCACUCACAAAAACCCACAAAGAGCAGAAGACACACAGCAUGCAAAUUUCAUGUGUUAAAAGUGCAAGUCCACCGCUUUCAAGUAAGCUCAGUGAGCCACUCAGCCAUAGUUCACAAGAGGAGAUGCACCACUCAUUGACAGUUCUUAAUCGUUUCCUGGCAACGGAGGAGACAACUCUGAUGGUUGCUACGGAGGCUAAUGAGGUAACCUCUGCUAAACCGGAGGGUGAGUCGGAUAAAGACAGUGCUGAAGACCUGGCAGUCACUGGAGACUCUGAUGAUGAGAAACUCGUCAUUGAUGACUCUUCAUCUCAAACGGCGACCGUCAAAAUCCAAUGUACACCUGAGUCCACAUCAGAUCCUGUGGUUACCCCCUCCGCUGAGUCUGUCCCCUUAGCUUCAUCCUCUCCUAAAAAAAAUGCAGUGCACAGGCAACAGUCCAAAAGCACAAAGCUGCCCACCGACCAACUUGGGGAGAUCUUGCGCAUGCAGACAGCCAUGUUCAGCUCGGCUAAUAAUGCCCCCAAAUGUCCCAGCACAUCCCAGGAGACUGUGUCAUCCACCCAGUGUGCCGCAUCUUCACGACAUUCCCUCCAGCUGUCCCUGGUGAAGCCAUGCGUGACCUCCUACUUGGAGCGAAACCAGGAACACAGUGAAGAGACCCCCAUGACCACUGCAGUGGUCCACACCAGCACCACGCAGCAGAAAAAAAUAUUGCCAUGGGAGCUGCAGGCUAGCUCUGAGGACGAACGAGACUACACAGCCCCAGAGAAAGGCAAUUUGCUGUACAAGCUCUACACCCUGCAAGAUUUACUCAUCAUGGUGCGCACCUCCGUCUCGCUGGCUCGGCCCACGAAAGUAGUUGUCAAUGCAAGCCAGUUUGUUCCAGUGCAUGUGUUGCCCAAGCUGGACUACCAGCUGUGUCACGGGGUCGAGUGUCUGAGUAGCAGUGAGGCUUGCCAGCUGUGGACAGAGACAGCACUCCACUCCAGUACCACUUCAUACAUAGCUCACAUCAAUCCACACACUUCUAAAGUAGCGCUGCUCAGAAGGCUGCCUGACACGUGGAUACACAACAUCUCCUGUGGGUUCAAGCCAGUAAAGUCACUGAACAUUGCGCACCACCUUCUGAAAAAGCUGACAAACAUGCUGCAAUACACAGAGCAUCGCGGCCUAACAACAGUGCAAAUGGGCCGUCCCAAUCCGGAGGGGGGAAGAAGAAGAAGAAGAAGAAGAAAAAGAAAAAUAACUGUGCAGCGAAAUGACAACAGUACAUUCAAAAACGUAUCCGCAAUUCAACUUAAGGGUCCACCGCAUGGUUGGAAAGACACGCACAUGCAAAAGAUACUGCACAUUUGCUAAAAUACUUACAUACAGCAUUGCACUUUAUAUACUAUACUUUUUUUUUCCCACGUUGAAUAUUUUCCAUCCAUCCAUUUUCUAUGCCGCUUCUCCUUGUCAAUUGUACUUUAUUAGAAAAUGGAGCAACAAUAAAGUGUUCUUGUGAUGAUGGUGGUUAGAUGUGUGUGUGUGUGACAGAGGAUUAUAGUAGAUGCCCGCACAUUUAUUCAUAAUUUAUGUAUUUUGAGGCUCUGCCUCACCAGACUCCUCUGACCGCAUUCACUAGUGAUAAUACAGGUGAAAUGUACACCAUACAUGAGCCACUGAAAAAAAAAAAACCCACAAUGUUACAUAUUUAUGCCUCACUGAUGUUUUCUCAUCAAGUGUUGAGAUUUUGCACUUUGUUCGGUGGUCCUUGAACGCACCAUAAUGAGACGCAAAGGUGAAGCCUGAAACAGGUGAACACAAGUAAAUGUAUGAGCAUGUGGUACUGGAAUUACAACAGGAGAGCAGUGUGGAAUAUGUGGGUGAGGUUUGGAGAAACGCCUUUUUCGACAGCUUGCAGAGCAAGGGAGGCUUGUACCAUCACUAGCCCCUGCAGAGUGAGGUGGAGGGGGCCCCAC